AUGUCCUCUGCUGCUAUGUUCGGAAUGCCAGGUGCUGGUGCAGCUGUGCCUCAACAGCCAAAGUCUAGAUUUCAAAAGUUCAAGGAAUCCCCAUUAUACACUAUUGCUUUGAAUGGAGCCUUCUUCAUUGGUGGUGUUGCAUUCAUCCAAUCUUCCUUGAUGGAGAUGCUAGCUCCACAAUUGUAA